AUGGAAGAAUUAACGAAUUCCGAUGUUAGAAUUGUAUUAAAUGUAAAAGAAGGCAAAGGCUUUGAGCAAAUUCUAUUACCUACGAUAAUUGUUGCAACCUUGAAUGGACAUUCUUUAGAAACUGAAGUAAUAGAACCAAGUCCAAAUCCUGAAUAUGAUCAUGACUUGGUUUGGGAAGUAGAUAAAAAUAGACUACGCAAGAUGAGAUCAGGCCAAGUGCCAUUAAAAUUAGAAUGUUUUACUGUUAAGAGCAAUGAUAGCAAGGAAAAACUAGGGUAUCUUUUACUUAGUUUAAGGUCUGCCCAAGUUUCUACUAGAAAUAAUAUUAAUAAUGUAAAAGCUAAUUGGCAUAAGUUAUUAGGAUUGAAAAAUGAAUUCAAAAUACAUAAACCUGAGUUACUUCUUACUUUAAGUAUUCAUGAUGUAGAAGUUACAACGUUCAGUGCUCAAUUAGAGUUGAAGAAUUUGGCAGAAUGUCAACAUGCAACUGUUCAAUCUAAUAAAAUAACUCCAAUUUUGCUCCGCGAUGAACGUCUUAUACAAUUAGGCCCAUUAAAUAUUUGUUAUGAAUUAUUUUUAAUGAGUAUCACUGCUAUAUCUGCAACACAUAUUGAUUCAUUACUACCAAUAAAGUAUAAUACGGAUAUGAAAAACGAUUUGCAGUUCUGGUGUAAAAUCUUAGAGAAUGAUGUAUACUUUAAUCAGUCAAAAAAAGAAUAUGGAGAUUAUUGGAUACUCAAUGAAAAAAUUGUAAUAAGGAUCAGAAGUUCGUUAAAAAUUUUCAAAGAAUAUCUACAAUUGAAACCAUUUUUGCUCAUAUAUUUGAAAUACAAAAAUAGUAUAUUAGGCCAAUCAAAAGUAAAUUUGCAACCAUUAAUCCCAACUGAUAACAUUGAAGAAUAUCUUAAAAUCACUGAAAACACUAGUAUUAUUUUAAAUCAACGAUGUUAUCUAUAUAAAACAGAUCUCAUAGAAAAUAAUGAAAUAGAUUGUAGAAAUUCAUACCUUGAUUUACAGCUAAAAUUACAAUAUGUAGGUAAAACAAAUGUAACAAUGAAUCCUUCUAAUGCAAUUAUCAGUGAUUUAAUCACUCUUAACUCUACUAAGGAAUUAAAAACUAACUUUAAAGAAGUAAAUUAUAGUGAAAUAAAUAAUCAUAGAAAUCCUGCUGGAGAUUUUGGAAAUAAACAUACUUUAAAUUGUGAUACUGUUAAAGAUCAAUUUAAUGAUGCUAUUUGCUCACAUUCAGUUGAUACAUGGGUAUAUCAAUCUAAUAUUAAUGAUUACUCUAAAAAUGUAGAUACAUAUCAUUGUUAUUAUUUAAAUAUUCUAUUGAUAGCAAUUAAAGCAAUAUCUUCAAAAUUGACAGUACCAAAUAUGGAAAUACGGUUCCAUCACCCAAAAACUGAGAUUACAUCAACAUUUCAUCCAAAAGUACCACUUUCAUUAGGAGAAAAAGUGAAAUUACAAAAUGUAGGAUGCAAAUUACAAUUUAUAUCAGCAAUAAACGAAAUCAGACAGUUAUUGUUAUCAUUUCCACUAAAAAUUAGCAUAUACAAAGUUGAAGGAAGUACCAAGACUUGUAUAUCAGAAAGUAAAAUUGACACAAAGGAAUUAUUUUGUCAAAAUAAGACUGAAUACCAAUGUGAUAUACCUCUGUAUGAUAUGGAACAAAAUAGUAUUGGUAGUUUAUAUGCUAUAUUAAAUUUAGAAGAUCAUGGGCCAUACUAUAGAAUUAAAAGAAUUACACCUAGUGAAAAUUUGGGUCCACCAAUCUUAGAUGAUAGUUUAGCAUACAAAAUAGUGGAUGAGUUAGAGACUUGGAAAGAACGACAGAUGGAAAUAUUUAAAGUCGAGUUAAAAAAGAAAGAAGAUCGCCAUUUAAAUUUACUAAGCCAAGAAUGGCAAAAGCAUAGAGAAAAUUUAGAAACAAAACUUGCAUGUAGCGUCGAACAGUGUAAAAUGUUAGCAAACAGUUUAAAUAAUGCUACAGAAGAUUUAAGAACACGAAGAUUGAAAAGCCUUGAAAAAGAAACUAGACUAAUUAAAGCAAAUGAAGAUUUACAGUGGAGGUAUGAAACAAAAUUACGGGAACUUAAAGAAUCAUUUCAGACAGUUCAGGAAGAACUUAUGACAAAGAUUAAUACCCUUGAAAAGAGAAAAACAACUUUAGAAACACAAAUUGAAAAAUUAACUACUGAAAAUGAAAAAUUACAAUUGCUUGUAUCACAACAAACUGAAGAAUUGGAAACUUAUCAAAAAGGCUCAUUAACACAAGAUCAAACGGCAAAUUUAUUGCAAGAAUUAAAAACACUUGAAGAAAAAUUGCAAAAUGCACAAGAAAGUAAAUCUUUUUUUAAAGAACAAUGGGCAAAAGCAGUUCGUGAAAUUCAUCACAUAAAAAUGGAACAUCAACAAGCAAUACAAGUUCAAAUUAAAAAUAGUAAAGAAGAAUUGCAAAACUUAGAUCUAGAAGAGAUACUGUGUGCAGAUUCUACUGCUUUGACAAAUGACAAAAUAUUACUAAAUGAAAUUCAAAAAGAAAUUGAUGUAAUUAAGCCAAAAGCAUAUUUUAUUGAGAAAGAUACUUAUUCUCAAGUAUAUACACCAAGUUCUAUGGGUUCUAAAAUCUCGCAAAAUGUUAAUAGAGGUAUAUUAAAGAGACGGAAAAAAAAAUCGGAAGAACAGGAUGAACGAUUACAAGCGCUACUCGAGGAACGUGAUUCCCUCUUAAAAACAGGGAGUUACACAAUUGAUGACACAGUUAUUAUGAAAUUAAAUAAUGAGAUCAGAUCUUUAAUGAUGAAAUGA